AUGGAUCUUGAACAGCAACCAUUGAAGCUUCACUUCAUUCCUUACCUAGCACCGGGCCAUCUCAUACCUCUCUGCAGCAUAGCCACGCUCUUUGCCGCACGUGGGCACCAUGUCACCGUCAUCACCACUCCCUCCUACGCCCAAAUCCUUCGCAAAUCCAGCCCCUCUCUCCACCUUCACGUCGUCGACUUCCCCGCCCGAGAAGCCGGCCUCCCCGACGGCGUCGAAAUCAUGUCCGCCUCCACUGACCUAGAAAGCGCCUCAAAGUUCCACCGCGCCACCAGGCUCCUCCGCGUCCCCAUUGCCCGCUUCUUGGAGCAGCACCCACCCGAUUGCGUCGUCGCCGACUUCCUCUUCUACUGGGUCCAUGACUUGGCGAACAGUCUCCGCAUCCCAAGACUCGCCUUCAACGGCUUCUCCCUAUUCACCGUUGCCGCCAUGGAGUCCGUCAAAUCACACCCAGAAAUUCACUCCGACGCCGGCCCCUUCGUCAUCCCCGAUUUUCCUCAGCACAUCACCGUGAGCUCUAGACCACCUAAGACGGCCACUGCCUUCUUGGAGAGGCUUCUAGGAACCGAGAUCAAGAGCGACGGUCUCAUCGUGAACAACUUCGUGGAACUUGAGGGAGAAGAGUACAUCCAGCACUACGAGAAAACCUCGGGCCACAAGGCCUGGCAUCUCGGGCCAGCCUGUCUGGUCACAAAAAGUGGCGACGACAGGGGCGAGAAGAGCGUGGUGAGCGAGAACGAGUGUUUGAGUUGGAUGAACUCGAAGCAGGCGAAGUCGGUCGUGUAUGUAUGCUUCGGGAGCAUGUGUCAUUUUCCGGAUAAACAGCUUUACGAGAUAGCGUGCGGGUUGGAACAAGCGGCGCAUGGUUUCGUGUGGGUGGUUCCGGAGAAGAAGGGGAAGGAGAAUGAGAGCGAGGAGGAGAAGGAGAAGUGGCUUCCAAAGGGGUUUGAAGAGAGGAAUGCAGAGAGGGGGUUGAUUAUCAGGGGCUGGGCCCCCCAGCUGCUUAUCCUGGGUCACGCCGCUGUGGGUUGCUUCCUCACGCACUGCGGUUGGAACUCUACCUUGGAGGCCGUUACAGCUGGAGUUCCGAUGGUGACGUGGCCGGUGGCAGGGGAUCAGUUCUACAACGAGAGGCUGGUGACUGAGGUGCGUGGGAUCGGGGUGGAGGUGGGGGCGACUGAGUGGAAAGAUGUUGGGUAUGGGGAGAGGGAGAAGGUGGUGAGCAGAGAUAGCAUCGAGAAGGCUGUGAGGAGGUUGAUGGACGGCGGUGAUGAAGCUGAGGAAUUCAGACGCCGUGCGCAAGAGUUUGGCCAUAAGGCUAUGCGGGCUCUUCAGGAAGGAGGCUCCUCCCACAACAAUUUAACUGCCCUCAUUGCUCAUCUCACCCGCUCCAGAGACGCACGCUAA